AUGGCCCCAGGGAUGGCCCUGCUCUGCUCUCUACUGCUGCUGUCACUGCAGUUGGGCCUGGGCUGGGGCCCCAAUGCCAAGGGGACUCCGAUGGUCAAGGGAGAAUCAUUGUCUGAGCAGGCGGCGGAUGCUAGAGGGACCCGGCUGGACGCCCACUGCUCCCCUGCCCGCCUGCGCCGAGCACCAGCCAGCCCGUGCCAGCUAUGGAGCCUGACCCUGCCAGUGGUGGAGCUGGGCCUGGGCUACACCUCGGAGGAGAAGGUCAUCUUCCGCUACUGUGCCGGCAGCUGCCCCCGUGGUGCCCGCACCCAGCAUGGCCUGGUGCUGGCCUGGCUGCGGGGCCAGGGCAGAGCCCACGGCGGGCCCUGCUGCCAGCCUACCCGCUACGCUGACGUGGCCUUCCUCGACGACGGCCACCGCUGGCAGCGGCUGCCCCAGCUCUCUGCAGCUGCCUGUGGCUGUGGCGGGUGA